AUGAAAAGUGGGCGUGGACGUGGAGUGGAGCAGCUGACAGACUUUCCGGCGCGUCGUGUGUGUUUGGAGUUUGACCACAAAAACCAGAGGACGUGGGGAUUUCAGGGGAGAUGGAAGAAUGAGUUGGGGCUCUAAAUAGUGAACAAACCGAGAUAUUCCCAGAAGCAAUUUAAUCUGGAGGGUUUCAUUAAACUGGUGUUGUCACGGGAAAGCCAUGGAUCCUUCGCUAACUGCCAGUUCAUCCGCUUCCAAACUGGACCCUUCGUCUCCUACCACCCUGAGACCCGGACCUUCCUCUCUCAGCUCAUCUGUUAACUCGACUACGACAAAUUCAAACUGGCCAAAUCCAAAACUCACAAUGCCAACACCUCCAGCCACACCCUCGUCUUCUCCCUCCACUGCCUGCCCUCGGACUUCUCCAAAUCUUCAUUACCGCUCUUCCUCCCUUUCCACACCGACAACCUCGCCUCUUCGGCAACCAAUCAGGAGCCUCUCCCAGGGGGGCAGAUCUCAGCUAAACGCCGCGUCUACGGGGAAUCCCAUGACCGGAUCAUCAGCUGCUGGAGGUGCUGCCACAGUUCCGCAGACUCCUCCCACACCAGAGCAAGAGGAGCCAGAGGAGGAGGUCAGUUUUGAGGAUUUGGAGGAGAGAGCAAAGUCAGGUGAUGCCAAAGCACAGACUAAGAUGGGCCGCUACUUCCUGGCAUUGGCAGAAGAAAGCGAUGAAGAACUGAACAACUGCACAGCGGUCACUUGGCUCGUCCAGGCUGCUAAACAGGGCCGCAAGGAUGCGGUCAGACUGCUGCAGCAGUGUUUGGCCUCCAGGAAAGGCAUCACACUGGAAAACUUUGAGGAGGUGAAGAAGUUGUGUACAGAGACUCGUUUUGAGAGAGGAGUGAGGAAGGCUUCUCUGCUCAUUUAUUGGAAGUUAAACCCAGAGAGGAAGAAGUCGGUGCCUGUUUCUGAGAUGCUAGAGAACGUUGAACAUGUUAACACAGAGCCGGACACACCAGUAUCCCCUGGUCCACUAAACAGGUCUGCUAAGAAACAGAGGAGAGUCCUGGAGACUAUGGUCACCAGUGAGGCCAGUUCCCAUGUGGGUCUUGAUGACUUUGUUGAGAUGACCAAGAAGUACGCCCAGGGUAUUGCACCCUCACCAGUUAUGGCUGCUGCAGGGGAUGAUGAUGAUGACGAUGAUGAAAUAGUAGUGAAAAAUCCAGAUGAACUGCCCCUGCAUCAAAAGCUGCUGAAGUUUCCUCUGUACGCCCUUCUCGAGAUAAAAGAACAUCUUAUCGACUGGGCAUCACGAGCGGGCAUGCAGUGGCUCAGCGCCCUGAUCCCCACCCACCACGUUAACGCACUUAUAUUCUUCUUUAUCAUCUCCAACCUCACAAUCGAGUUCUUCAUCUUCAUCAUCCCCCUGCUGGUUUUCUACCUCUCGUUCUUCUCCAUGAUCAUCUGCACACUACGUGUAUUUCAGAAUUCCAAAGCGUGGGAAAAUUUCCGUGCUCUGACAGACCUGCUUGCUCAGUUUGAACCUGGUCUCGACCUGGAGCAGGCUGAGACAAACUUUGGAUGGACGCACUUGGAGCCUUAUCUGUACUUCCUGCUCUCGGUGGUCUUUGUGGUUUUCGCCUUCCCUGUAGCUGAUAAAUCCUGGAUCCCCUGCUCAGAACUGGCUGCGGUCGCUCUUUUCUUCACCAUUACUGCCUUCCUCAGCCUUCAUGCCUCAGCUCAGCUCUUCGCUCGUAAAGCCCUCGUCACAGAGGUCCUCUCUGGAGCAUGCUCCCUCACUCAUUUCUUCCCGGAGUCCCUGUGGUUCCUCCGAAUGUUCGGGAAGACUUUCAUCACUGUGCCUCUUGGAGAUAUUGUGGCAUUAAACCUGGGGAUGCCAUGUCUGCUGUAUGGACACCUUGUCUAUCUCCUCUUCCGUAUGGCCCAGCUGAGAGGCUUUAAGGGCACCUAUCUGUGCUUGGUGCCCUACUUGGUUUGCUUCACCUGGUGCGAGCUUUGCUUGGUGUUCCUUAAUAAUGCCUCGGCAAUAGGACUCAUCCGCACAUGUGUGGGCUACUUCCUCUUCCUGUUUGCCCUUCCUAUACUUUCACUGGGUAUGGCUGCGAUGCUCAUCAUCCAGUUAGUGCAGUGGUUUCUCACCCUGGAGGUCACCAAGAUGGUGGUCACACUGACUGUUUGCUUUGUGCCGGUAGUGCUGAGGCUUUGGACUCGCUUCAGCCUCAACCCCAUCAAGGUGUUUCGGUCUUUGUCGCGGAGCAGUGUUGUCAAGCUCAUCCUGGUUUGGCUCAGUGCCGUGGUGCUCUUCUGCUGGAUGUACGUCUACAGGUCUGAGGGCAUGAAGGUGUACAACUCCACCCUGACGUGGCCUGAGUACAGCAACCUCUGUGGCCCUCUGGCCUGGAAGGAGUCCAACAUGGCCCAAACCCAGAUUCUCUGCUCUCAUCUGGAAGGACAUCGUGUCACAUGGACGGGACGAUUCAAAUAUGUCCGUGUGACCGACAUUGAGAACGGGCCGCAGUCGGUUAUCAACCUGCUGCCUUUAUUUGUAGGGAACUGGAUGCGGUGCCUGUACGGUGAGCCAUAUCCUCUGUGUGACGACUUGAAGAAUGCGACCGCUGAGCCCCAGCCUCUGCCCGCCCCAGCUCCUCCUCCCGAAGAUCCCCUGUGUAAACUUAAAAAACUGGCAAAGCACGAAUGCCACGUCAAACGGUUUGACCGAUACAAGUUUGAAGUCACAAUGGGCAUGCCGCUCGAGAGGAAGACCAGGAACGGGACGAUCAUCGAGGAUGAAGACGCCACUAAGGACAUAGUACUGCGGGCUAGUAAUGAGUUCAAGUCUGUGCUUUUACACUUAAACACUGGCAGCCUGGUGGAGUUCAGUACCAUACUGGAGGGGCGUUUAGGCUCCAAAUGGCCUGUGUUUGAACUGAAAGCCAUUCACUGCAUGUCGUGCGGCGACGCCCGCCUUCCCAGCCGCAGACAGUACAAGAUUGAACAUGACUGGAGGCGUACGGCUCAGAAUGCCCUCCAGUUCGGUUUUGACUUCUUCUUCAACCCCUUCCUGACUGCACAGCUCGGACAACACUCAGAGACGGAGACCGAAACAGAGGUUGUGACACAGCAGGGAGGAUAGACGAGAUGGUUGGGGAUAAUACUGUCAUCAGCGAAGAACACUAAUGAUUUUUACCCACUGAUCUUAAAAGAAUCGGACUGCAAUAUUUUUGAGUGUCUUACUGUAGAAAGUAGACGGACCUUCAGACAUGUGAUCUAUCUACUGAGUGAGUGUGUGUGUGUGUGUGUUUGCAUUCUUAUAGCUUUUGAGCCAAAAUGCGUGACUACAUAUAACGAAGAAACAGUUAAUGCUAAAAAACAAGAAGCACACAAUAAUGUGGUUUUUAAGUACUUUACUGCCAAACACCACAUGAGGAAAAACGUCGCGUAAAGCUCGCUGUGUUCAGCUUGUUAUAAACAUUUCACCCGGUUUAAGCUAAUCAUCGUAAGUAUAGUAAUGACAUAAUUUUGAUUUGUUACUGGAUGCUAUGCAAACACUACAUCUGCAAAUCUUUCUGUAUGUCGUGACUUUUUGUGGCCAAAAUCAUCAGUGUUGAUCUUCUGCACUUGCCUUGUUAAAGUGCACUCGCAUCGUUGUGUAGCUACCGCUGUUGAAGGCAAGGUUGUCAUAUAGAUAUGUUUUGCCUAUAAUUAUGUAACGUACGGUUUGUCCAUACAGAUUUCAAGUGCCUUCUGAAGUAUAUUAUUUGGGAGCGAUUAGACUAAAUUAAGUCUCUAAGAGCUCUGCUGCAUCAGAGCUUUUAUUUAUUACAGAACAGUUAACCAGGUUCGGCUUUCUUUACCUUCAUGUCUUUCUUCCCUGUAUUUGUCGUCAUCUCUGCUGUGCAGGGACUUAAUAUAUUGAACAUUUACGAUCCCAGAGUGAUGAUGUGGUUUAAGUUAGGUUGUCACUACUUUUUUCUGUACUGUGUCCUAUAAAUAUUUUAAGAAAUCAA